AUGCAGCCAGCACUGAAGAAUGAGUCCAGCGUCUUAAUAUUUACACUCUCUGCUCUGAAUGAAACAACAGAGAACAGAUAUGUCUUGUUUUCUUUAACUGCACUGUACUAUCCUUUGAUUGUCUUUUGUAAUGUAACCGUGAUUUUCACUAUAAUCUCACAUAAGAAGCUCCAUGAGCCAAUGUAUGUGUUUAUAUGUAGUUUGUGUGUAAAUGGACUUUUUGGCACUGUUGGCUUCUACCCUAAAUUCUUGUAUGAUUUAUUAUCCCAAGAUCAAGUGAUUUCCUAUGUUGGGUGUCUGAUUCAGAUCUUUGUCAUUUAUUCAUCUCUUCUGUGUGAUUUUUCAACACUAACAGUCAUGGCGUAUGACAGGUAUGUGGCAAUAUGUAGACCACUGGAGUAUCAUUCUGUAAUGACUGCUCGCAUGGUUUUCAAAUGCAUCCUUUUUUGUUGGCUUCCUCCCAUGUCUUGCUUGUGCCUUCUAGUUACAUUAACAUCAAGAUUAACCUUAUGUGGCUCUAGUAUUGAAAAGCUAUAUUGUGAAAAUUGGUCAGUUGUUAAACUGUCCUGUUUUUCCACGACGGUAAAUAAUGUGAUUGGGUUUGUCAUCAUUAUUAUUUAUUUUACACAUGCAGUAUUGGUGUUUUGCUCAUACAUGUACUUAAUCAGAAAAUGUAGGAAGUCGAUAGAGGGCAGGCACAAAUUCAUACAAACGUGUGUGCCGCAUCUGCUUUCAUUAAUCAAUGUGACAACUGCUUUUUUGUUUGAUGUACUGUUCAGUCGUUAUGGCUCGAAGAGUGUGCCUCAAAGUCUGCGUAAUUUUAUGGCGCUUGAAUUUUUACUCCUACCACCCAUUUUAAAUCCUCUCAUUUAUGGGUUAAAACUGACAGCAGUGCGCCAGGAAGUUAUGAGACUGUUUUCCAAGAGACAAAUGUGA